CACGUUCUUGUUCCCUCCCUUCAGCCCUGCACACAGAGCCUGGAGACACUCAACCUCAACUACAACUCUGUGGGAAACGAGGGCAUCCACAAGCUGAAGGAUGGGCUGAUCGGCAACCGCUCUGUGCUGUGCCUGUGCCUGGUUUCCACCAAGCUCUCCUGCGAGGGUGCUGUGGCCCUGGCCGAGUUCAUCGCCGAGAGUCUCCGGCUCCUGCGGCUGGAUCUGCGGCAGAAUGAGAUCAAGACGGGAGGCCUGAUGGCGCUCUCCCUGGCGCUCAAGGUCAACACCUCCCUGCUGCGUCUCGACCUGGACAGCGAGCCCAAGAAGGAAACGGUGAAGAGUUUCAUUGAGACCCAGCGCAGCCUGCUGGCUGAGAUCCAGAAAGGCUGCAAUCAUAACUUCUUCCUGGCCAAAGAGAAGAAGGAGAGUGAGCUGCAGAUGCUGCACUCGGCCUCCAUGCCGGAGAUCGCCUCCAUGCCGGAGAUCGCCUCCACAGAGGACGAGCCAGGGGAGGACAGGCCGCCCGGUCCGGGGCCAUCGGAGCAGCAGGAAGGUGUUUCUGAGGAAGACGAGGCCGCGGGAGUUAUGGGGGAGGAGGAGACGGGUGUGGCCUCUGACAGUGAGGGGGGGCUGAGCGAGGGAGGAGAAACAGGCGUGGGCUUUGGGGACUCUGACUCGGAUACGGACGAGGAGGACACCGUGCCGGGCGUCGAAGCCCAGGCUGCACAGAGGACUGCUGCCUCCUCAACCCCGGGAGAAACUCCGCCCACCCCCGUGCCUCCACCCCCGCCCACCUCCACCCCCGUAGAGGGCAUCACCAUCACGGAAUCCCCCAUGUCAUCGCCGGGGGCCCCUCCUUCACCCCGUCGUUGCUUCUCGGUGUCGAGCCCGGGUAGGGGGCACAAGAUUUUCAUGGUGACCCGUGUAGAGAGCCCCCCCGAACAGCAGCAGCAACAGCUUCAGGUGGGGGUACCGCAGACGCAGCCCCCGCCCCCGCCCAAAGGGAAAGCUCCUGAGGAGCAGCCCUCUAUGAUGCCGGAGCAAGACACAGAGCCACAGCGGACCCAGGAAGGCAGUGCAGGGUCGCCCCCGACGCUAACCCAGGAGCCCACUCCGGAUGUCCCAGGAGCGUGGCAAGAGGCGGCGCGGGCACAGGGGUGCCACCUGCUGGGCAAUUGUGGCGCGGCAGCCGAAGUAUGUUCCAAAGGUGAAGCAGCAGGAGCUGCUCUGCCCAAUGGCCUCCGAGCCGAGUUUGCCCUGUGCCUGCCAGAGCCUGAGGAGCCCAAAGCAGGCAGCUGUGUGGCAGAACAUG